AUGGUUAUCACACACAUUGACUCGGAAGGUCAAUAUAAUCAGCUGCUAAGCGAUGCUGGUUCAAAGCCUGUUAUAAUCGACUUUUUUGCAACCUGGUGUGGACCAUGUCGACGUAUCGCUCCUGUAUUCGAACAACUUUCACUGAAAUAUACAAAUGUGGUAUUCGGUAAGGUGGACGUAGAGUCGAAUGAAGAACUCUCACGUAAGAAUAUGGUUACGGCAAUGCCGACGUUUAUUGUGUACGUCAGUAAAGUGAAGGUGGACAGUAUGCGUGGGGGUGACGCGAGUGCUCUCGAAGUAUUGAUCAAGAAGUGGUCUGAUCGUGCGCCUCGUCAAGAAAGUCUCGUUGCUGGUCAAAUUGAUCUCACUUCUUUCAUAAACAAAUCUCAAAUUGAAUGCCUAAAUGAGGACGAUCAUGCCACUCUCAAGAACUUAAUCGAUGGUGAAGGUGUUUUGAAAUCAGAUUGCGAUGCUCAACUGAUUAUAUCACUUCCAUUCACACAACCCGUUAAAGUGCAUUCCAUCUAUUUCAAAGGUGACGGCUCAUCGUCACCGAGAACCGUUAAAUUAUUCAUUAACACUUCUGAUAUACUCGACUUUGAUCGUGCAUCUGGUGCCGAGAGUACACAGUCGAUUACUCUCUCAGAUAAGGUCAGCGAUGGCGAAUUGGUGAAUUUGCGUUAUGUAAAAUUCCAGAACGUGCAAAAUUUGCAAAUAUUUGUGGAAGAUAAUCAGGGUGAUGAAGAGCAAACCGUUUUAGAAUCGCUGCGAAUUUAUGGCACACCACUGGUGGCCACCAAUAUGCAAGAGUUCAAACGAGUAUCUGGUAAAGCUGGUGAGGUUGGGCAUUGA